CUUUCCUGAAACUCCGCGGCAACAAAAAAGUGUGUGGCUAAUUAAUUCGAACCGGAGCCGGAGUUUGGAGUGGAAAAGCGAACAUUAGAACCGUUGGCGAGUGAGAAUGUGCUGAAAAUCGAUGUGGGCAACGCGCUUUUGGGUGAGACGAGUGCAUUUUCCGACGCCGUCGUCAGGAGGAAGAGUUAAGAAGAAGAAGGGAGGGAGAGAGAGGGCGCGUUGUGUUUGGUGGUGUCGUAGCAGGCGUUUUUGGUGGCAAAGUAAGCAGAGGGAGUCGAGGUGAAGAGGAAAAGUCCGGCGCCAAAAUCUGGAAGUUGAAGAAUCGUAAGAAUAUUGUUCUUUUUUAGUGAAAAAGCAUAAAGGCCAGCGAGCAGCAUCGCGGGCUUGUGUAGCAAGAGGGUGUGGAGUGGAAGAGGAAGGAAGGAGGGGAGGGAAAUGUUACAACCACUUGCGCUGCUGGCGUUUACUCGCGCAAAAGUUUGUUUUCCGAUCGUUUUCCGGUAUUUCUCUCCCUCGGGAACCAUCGAGUGGGGUGGAAAAUGAUGCUCAAAGAAAUAUUGCUGGUUCAGCAGUUUUUAGCUUGCCUUUCCCACUCCGAGAAGAAAUAGGCCGUGUUUUGUGCAAACGCAGGAAUUGUGUGUGUUUGUGCGCGCGCGUGUGUAUGAGAAUGUAGUGGUCUCGAGCGGAUUGGCGUGUGCGUACACGAAACGAGCGCGGAUGUGUGUGGCUGAGCAGAGCGUGCGAGUGUGUGCGUGAUUGAGAAGUUUAUUGUUUGUUGUGUUCUUGUUAUUGCUCGCGAAGAAAGCACCCCAAAAAUGGGAAAGUCAGAAAGAAAUGUUCAACGCAAAAGGGUUAUCGAAGAUGAUGGGGUAUUUGCGAAGUAAUGCCGAAAUAAAUUAAUAAGCCAAUUCCUCUAUUUAUCUAUCUCAGGAGUGUGCUAAACCGGAGCGAAGAAAUCGUAAAUUUUUGCAGCCAACAAGUUUGAAGUGAAAACCGAACAAACAUGAAAACCAGCUAGCGGCGGCGUGAAGAAUCGAAGCACCCCGGCAAAGUGCAGCAGCAGCAUCAGCAUUAGUGGAGUGCAUGUGCAACACGCAAAACUGCGAAUCUACCAAGAAAGUGCCGAAAUUCGGGGAUUUUUCCGUGUGCGGAGAGUGAGCCACGCGAGGCGCUGUCUCUGGCUGGUCCCAGUGCAGCUUCCGGUGGCCACGGCCCCGCUGAAUAGCAGUGCCCCGCGAGUCAUCCUUUGUGUGCGACGAACCCCAGCAAAUCUCUACACAUUCUUUAACUCCGGGAGAGUGUACGACUCUGGGCAAAUGUGCUACGGCCGCCGACAGCAGUGCGCCAUUAUUUCCACUACGCUGAAAAUUUCGUCGGAAAAUGGAAUGCGACGUAUCUCCGGGGCCCCCUCCACCGGUGCAAGCGAACCGUUCGACGAAACAACAGCAACAUGUCCCGCCCGCCGCCGUCGCCACCGGAGCAGGAAAGACGCUACACGGUGGCGGAGGCUCAACGUUCGUCAGCACCGAAGGCGGCAAUAGCGGUGGCAGCAGCAGCAGCAGCAGCAGCUCAACCACCACUGACCUCAACACAAGCUCCGGUGGAACUGCCGGAACCGUCGUGGGUUCUUCGUUGGCCGCGAUGGCAUCACUGGCUGCCGACGAUUGUCCGGUAUCAUCGACGGGCCCGACCGUUCCGGUACGAGUGCUUUCGAUGGUUACACCGCCAACUACCGGUAGUAGUGGUGUCGCUCCGGUGGUUACUGCCGUCGCUAGUGAACCUAUCGUGCGGACUAGUAUCGGUAGCAAUAUUAUUAGCAUUACCAAUAACAAGAGUGUUGGCGGUAUUGGAACCGAACGAUCGGUUACUGGAUCGACGCAAAAACAGCAACAGCCAGUGGAGCAGCAGCAGGUGACUGUGAUUGAUAUCAGCGAUCAGAGCACGAUAGAGGAUGUCAGCUACACGGAACAGCUACCAUCCUGUUCGACGACCGACACGAGCUGCGUUAUCCUGUCGGAUGAGUAUGAUUCGUCUCUGCCACCGGCGUCGCUGAAGGAUGAAGAAGUGGACCCACUGAACGUGUCGCUCGAGAUGCCGCUGUCUUCGCCAAAGUGCAGCACACCGGUGAUGCUACGAGCUGCUGGCUCACCUACUCAGCAGCGCGUAACAACACUGUCCUCUGCUAGUGCAAACGUCGUCGUUCCGGUGGCUACUGCUACGCUUGGUAGUACUCCAAAGCAUCAUCACCAUCUUCGGAGAAACGUUCCUAGGAUGGCCACCGGUGGUCGACAGGCAGCCGGAUCUAGACAACAGCAUCAAAGAGGUGGUGGAACAGCAUCCGGUCAGAUGGGGUCCAAUAAGUAUUCCUCGGUGGACGGUGGUGCAUCGACGAUGCGCGAAGUGUUGGCCUCGAUACCGGGUUUCAGCAUUAAAACGCGCCGACGUACGAACAAGAAACUGUCGACCGCGGCCCAGCUCGAGCAGACGCGUGAAGGGUGCAUUGAUCUCGAAACGCCCGAUUCGAUACUGGUGAGCACGAACUUGCGUGCGCUGUUGAACCGGGAAACGUUUCAGCUACUACCGCCGCUCUAUCAGUACAAGCUGGUGCAGCUGUUGCCACCGGUCGAUCGACCGCUGGCCCUCGAUGCGUUGGAAUGUGAGCGCAAUGGCAUCCGGUUGAAUCCGUCCAGUCUGAACAACGAGUUCUUCGCCCGUGCCUGCCAAGAGUGGCGCGAUCGGUUGUCGGAGGGCGAGUUUACGCCCGAGGCGCAAAUAAAACUGCGUGCGGAAGCAGAGCGUGAACGGGGGAAGUUGGAUCCAUGGAAGUUGAAGCACUUUGAACCGAUGUGGGGUGAUCGAAAGUACGCGAGCGGUGCAUUCAUCGGUGCCGCUGGUACCAUGGCUAAUCCGUCACCACCAGCACCACCAGCCCCUACGAUACCAGUACCAGUGGUAGCCCCCAUACCGGUACCAGUACCAGUGGCUAUGGUUCCACCAACAACACCACCUAUCUCUUCACUGCCCACGACUGUAUCAAUGGUGGUGAAUAAGGUAGUUUCAACGGCCAGCACUGUGUCGAGUGUUGCCGUUUCAGGAGGACGUGUCCCACCUGCCGUUAGUGUUGCUCGAACAGUGGCAAAGAUACACCCGGUCAUCAGCAGUAGCGGCCGGAUGACGACGAAUGCCACGAAAGUAACAGCACCUUCCUUCUCAUCCAAAGCGACCAUCAUUACCACAUCGAGUGGAAUGAUCGUUCUUCCUGCGCGUACAACCAUUUCGGUUACGUCCGGUGUUGCAACCUCGCUCGCUAGUGGUAUUCCUCCUGCUGCGAGGGUCGGCGGUGGAGUCUUCGUAGACCCUAUCGGCGCCGUUGCGGCUAGUAGUAAUACUAGCAACAGUUCCAUAGGUUGCGCCACCAUCACGGCUAGUACUGCAAAUGCCGCUACCAUCGACAAUGCUCGGCCACCGCUGAAGACGAAGUUUCGUUUACGACCGACGACGGAGAUCGCUACCAGUACAACGGCGAAUCCUUUCAGCAGUGGCGAUGAUACAGCAGUUGGUGUCAGUAAGCAACUUCACAAACCAUCGGCUGUAGCGCAGCAUUAUCAGACGAUACUGAAUCCGGUUGCGCUACCCUUAACGACCGUACGCUCCACUCAAUCUAGCCCCGGAGGAAGAACGACGAUGGCAUCGUACGGUGGAGGAUCGAAAAGAAUGCUCUCGACAAUGGGUGGGACACUAGGUAACAAUGGAUCUAGCGUCACCAUCAGCAAUAGUGCGGAAGUUGUUGUUCCCCUUGGAAGUGGUGUUGCAGCAGUGAAAGUCAGCGGCUCGCAACCGAUGUCACCCAAACGACUCCGUACGGUGGGUGCCGUGACGAGAUCGGCGUUGGCCGGAACCGGAAACUGCCAACCGCAGCAACCCGGCAUAUUCGUUCAGCAUCAUCCGCUCAGCAAUGCUGCCUUGACGAUAACAACAACGACUACGAAUGCAGCGAGUCCACUGAUCGCUCGAUCGUCACCGGUCGUUGUUAAGCGCCUUGAUGCAACCUCGCUUGGCGCUAAGCCGUUGGUUCAUCAAACGACGACCUUGGCAGCAGUAGGAGCAGGGGGUGUUGUUGGUAGUAUGAAGCGCGUCUACAGCAAUCGCUCGGAAACACCACCCCAUGGAGACGAUCUGCUAGGGAACUGUAAGAUAUCGAGACGACGGACUGAGGACGCUUGUGGUAGCAGGCUGAUGACGAUUGUGACGUCAACGGCGGGAGUCUCUGCAGGAGCUCAGCAGCCUAGCACCACUACCACCAACAGCACAACUAGCAUCGUGUACAGAAGCAGUAGUAGUAAUAAUCUAAAUCGCCUUAUCACCACCACCAAUACCAACAAGAGUGCGACAGCCGCUCCCGCUGCCGUCAUCAAGUCUGUUUCCUCCACCGAGAGCAGCGAGAGCGGUGGCAACAAUGGUGGCGGCAAUAGCAAUAGUCCUAGGGUAGUGAACGUCAGUAGCAACAGUAGCUUUAGUAUUAGUAGUAAUACCAGUCAGAGCAAUUUAUCAGCCACCACCAAUACUAAACAUUUUAGUACUGGUACAUUUAUCGAUGGAAGCUCACUGACUGAUAGGCGACGGAAAGGAGGGCUGUAUAGUGUCGCAGGUGCUGCAGCAUCGAUUGGGGCACAUAAGCACCAUGAACAACAGUCGAGAAAGAAAAUACGGCGCCACCAACUAGUUGGACGCGGUGGCAGCAACGGUAGAAGCAAUAGAAACUUUUCCACGCUACAAGCAUCGAGUGCGACAAUUCUUGUGGAUGAUGAUGACGCAGAAGAGGUGGAUAGUGAGGAUCCCAUGAUUAUCAUGACGCUUAAUGGUGAUGGCACGAGCUCGCAUGAGGAGGAAGAGAACCAAUCGCUUCGUCCAUCAUCCGAUCUUAUCCUUGAAGAUGCAAACGAUCUAGCUGGAACGUACAAUGCAGUCGACAGCGAUCCAAGAGGAGGCCCAAAACUGGAACGAGGAAGUCUGCAUAGUAUACAGCAACAGCGAGUGUUAACCAUGACAGUGCCCAAUGCCCGCGAUCGUCAGCAGCAACAGCCACAGCCUGUUGUGAUAUCGACAGGAGAUACCGGGAAUGGAUUGGUGGGUGGCACUGCUACCGGUCGCCAGACUCAGAUGAUCUACGAUCACGGUUCGGGCCAGAUGUUUAGUUUCGUUUGUUUGCCAUCCUCCUCCGCUUCUGCUACUUCAACAUCGAACGUGUCUUCCGGAUCCACCACCUACGGUGUGGGAUCGAAUGCGUCUGCCGUUGCCGACGCGGCCGCCUUGAGUCUUCGGUCACUGCCACCAUCGGUAACGGUUACGGCAUUACCCCAGCCAGCAGCUGCCCAACAGCAGCCAGCAGCACAGUUGCUAUCGAUCUCGAACGAUAGCAGCAACAGUAGCAGUGCGUCAACCACCGCAAUGAUGGCCGCAAGUGACAAUCAUCUGGAAGGUGCAACAGUUGUUGGAACAGGACAACUAGGAGGAGGAGAAGGAAGAGCAGGAGAAGAGACGGCGCUGCAUAUGAAUAAUACGUUCGAAAAUGUUCUGCAAGGUGGUGUUGUCCGUGGUGAUGGUGUAGAUCGUAAUUUGGUGAUUGUGCAUCAGUCACAGCUUGCUUGUAGCAAUGCUAGUGCAGCAGAGGAUGGGCUGGCUAGGGUAGGAAAUUUGGCAAUGACGCAGACUGUCGUGGCGGCUGAUCUUGGACAGAAUGAUGCAUCAGCGGUGGUACAGGAUGAGGAAGCGGCUGAUGAGGAAGAGGACGAGGAUGAAGAGGAAGAUGAAUAUGAUCGUGAUGAGGAUGAGGAUGGAGGUGUACAGACGACGACAGCCACCAAUACAGCCGAUGAGGAUGAUGAAGACCUAGAGGAGGGGAAUACGAAUGAGCUUGUUCUUGGAAUGGUUCUAAAGAAAGAAGAUGAUCACAUGGAGGACUACAAUGGUGAAGUAGGCUCUGAAAUUUUAGACAACCAUCAUCAAUCCAUCGUUCACAUUCGUCAGCCCAAUCAAGUGCGUCGCUAUCAGCCACUACAGCAGGAGCAGCUGUUGCCAUCGUCAUCCGGCGUGAUGAAUAUGAACCUUACCGCUUAUCAUCACGAUCAUGUGCAUCUUCAUCAGCAACAUCAACAGGAUCAUCUUCAGCUUCAGUUUCAAAGAACUUCAAGCAAAGCAUCGCAAAGCUCACAUGCAGCGACGACGAUGGUCGCUGCUGCCGGUGCUGACGACGGCAGCGGUUUGUACAAUUUGAAGGUCGAAGAGGACGAUGGAGUAGAAGAGCCCUUCUGCUACAAUGUAAACGAGGCGAGUGACUACUGUGAUAUUGCUUCCGCUGCGAAUGGAGAAGAUAUUCCGGAUGAAGGCACCAAACCGGACGGUAUGGCCGAUCAUAAUCAUCUGCUGCAUAUGGUAAGCAGUAUGCCGCCGCAAAACGUAGGUUUGCAGGAGGAAGUAGGCGAGGACGAAGAUGCUGCUACAAUGCAUGAAAAUUGCCUGGAUGAGUACGACACCUCACAUUACCGACAGGAAGGUGAAGAAACGGCCCCCACAUCGGAGGAGGAUGAGGAUGGGAUGAACUGUGUACUUGAUCAGCAACAACAGCAACACCAACAGCAGCAGCUGCAAGGACAUUAUCAGUUGAGUCAAGAUCACGGAGAGUUCCAGCAGCAGCAGCAGCAGGAGCAGUCGGAGCAGGUUCUCCAGAAUAACAAUGCGUCACUUACUGCAGGCUUGUUGCUACCAAACGUCAGUCUAUCGCCUGUAGUAGGAACCGCUGCAGGUGCCGGGGCGGAAAUGAGAGGUACACACAUUCUUUAUUCCGGAGGUACCAUUUCGGAGCUAUCGAAUUGUGUGGCAGGUGCUGAUUUACUGAACGACGGUUUGGUAGACGCUGAGUGUGAAGUCGAGCACCAGCCCUCGACGCAGAACGAUGGAGAGGAAUUGGAAGAAGAAGAGAAUGUUGAUGAGGCAGAUGAGGAAGAGGAGGAUGAGCUGGAUGAGGAAGAAGAUGAUCAGGAAGCAGAAGAAUCCUACGAAUCGCCAUUGGACGGUCCAGACGUAACACUACCGCAUCACUAUGAGCAGCAGCAACAGCACCCACAACAACAACAAAUGCAUGGUCAGCAGCAGCUUGAUAGCUACAUCGAGGACGUUGUGGAUGGCGGCGAUGCAGUGUACGGUAUGGUGGAUUCAACCGGUGGCGAGAUGAUCAGCACAGAAAUCGUUGAGCAUAACCAUGAUCAAGAUGUGGCUAUCAUGUUAGAAUCGGACUUGGUGAUGGCGGCUGCCGGCGCUGACACGUUUGAUGACGAAGAAACUGGGCGCAAGGAGGAAGAAGAGGAAAGUGUGUUGGCUAAUGGCGACUCGCGGGACCCGGUGACUUCCACCCACGGCCAACGCCAUCAGCAACAACAGCGAUCCAAUUCAUUGGAUCAACAGGCACUAGGCGAACAGAUGGUCGGUAACAGCACUUGUGGGACAAAGGACACUGCAACGGAAGCAAAGUACACCCCGGCAGGAAGAUCUUAUCGUCAACCUAUAACCUCUACCGGGUUGGUUGGUGGUGUACCGAGACGCACUACCACAAUUCUGGUAGUUGAAGACGGACAAAUGGGGCUGAUUGAUCCGGGAGCGAGAAAUGGAAGUCAUACCACUGUUAGUGAACAUUUGCAUCUGCGUAAAUUGAAAUCAAUUGCAUCGACACCAGCAACAUUCGAGCAACGAUCCAACAGUGACAACACCGUGCCGCCAGUAACAAUCGUUUCCCAGAGCGCCAGUGGAUCCUCACAGGAUCAACAUCUACAGGCGGCGACAAGGGAUUACUUGUUUACUACCGAUCAUCCUCCAUUUCCGCUCCCAGAAGAGGGCGGAAAACAAGAUGGUGUCGUCGAAGAAGUGCUUAGUUGUGGUGAUCCAGUAUGGACUCAGUUUAAAAUGAAAAUGAUGGACCCGGCGAAGAUGUUGGUGGUCGAUCAGCAUCAUCUAGCUGAUGUCAGUAACAGUAUUAUCCUUUCUCCGCUCGGCUCCAGUAUGGCCCCGACAAUGGCGGCAGUAUCGCCCGGCGCUACUACCAUACAAACACCUACCCUGCUGACCAGUACCAACCAGCAAACGCAGCAACACACUUUGCAUGCCACUCAGUCGAACCUCCAACAACAGCAUCUGCCAAAUGUUAUUCAGCACCCGCAACAUCACCACCAACAGACGAUGCAACAAUCGUCAUCAACGACACUACCCGUUGCAACGGCGACACUGAUACAACAAAUGACCACCGGCCAUCAUAAUCAAAACCAUCAAGCUCAGCAGCAGCAGCAACAGCAACAGCAGCAGCAGAUUCAUCAGAGUGCAGCUAGUGGAAUAAGUUUUUUAGCUCACCAGCAGCCAACGGUACAAACCACAAUGACAACUAUGCAAACGGCACCUCCGGCAGCGCAACAGCAGCAGCAAACGCAGGGAAUGAAUGUUUUUCAGUUCAACACUCAGCAACAACCGCAGCAGCAGCAGGCGGUGCAAGUUCAUCAUCAAUCCCCCAAUAUGCUUGGAGGUGGCGUGGUUGCGUCGCAUCCGGUAACGGUGAGCGCCGGCAGUACGAUUCAGCUGACAUCUGAGAUUAAAGAUGGAAUGCGAAACAAUAUGCUUAAGACUGAUCAAGGCGUAAGCUAUACCACUAUUCGGCAGGGCAAUCAGCAGUUAGUAACGCGCAUAAAGCUGGGAAACGAUGAUAGCUGCAAUCAGCUGCAACAACAUUCACCACAGCAACAUCAGCAUCAACACGGAAUCCAAGCUCAGCUUUCGAAGCUAAAUGUCGUGACAUCCUCCCCGUUGUUACCGUUGGGGGCGCCCAAUAAUCACGAUAAUCUAAGCCGUGUGAUCGAAAGUGUGGCUGGAAACUAUGGAGUUGCAGGUGCGGUUGCAGUACCGCCAGCACAGCAGCUUGUUGCAACGCAACAGCAGCAGCCGCAGACAAUACAACAUGUACAAACGUCUACCGGGCAGCACAUACGUUUCGAGAUGGAUACAGCGGCAAACAAUCAUAAUCAUCAUGCCCUACUGCAGCAGGCUUCACAACAACAGCAUCAACCAAAGUUCAUUAUCACCUCGCGACCGAUUACUAGCGUAGUGAACGCUGUAACCGGUGCGAAGCUGCCACUUACUGUGCAACAAACUACAGGUGCUGCCACACAGCUCGGAGGGCAGCAGUUUAUUCAAACACAGGAUCAGCAACUUCCUCCACGACAGCCGUUACAGAACUCAACUACUGUGACAACGAUUCAAAAACCGAUCCAGUUACAAAAGAUUAUAAUGUCCACACCGUCCACUAUCGGUCAACAACAGCACCAGCAACAACAACAGCAGCGUCCCCGUUUACCUCUUCAGCGAGCACAGGUGAUUACACAAGUGACGCAAAAAGUGGCUCCUCAGCAACAGCUGCAGCAUCACCAGCAGCAGCAGAUCGUUACACCGACUCAGUCACAACAAAGAUUUCAACAAAAAUUUGUGACGAACCAGUUGAUACGGGGUCAAAAUGCGCUACUGGUAAACAGUGGUCAGUAUGUUCCGGUGCAACAGCAGCAGCAGCAACCACAACAAUCUUCAUUAACCCCUGUAACGGUAGUUGGAACGAAUGUGAUCGUCGGUGCUGGACAAAGAAAGCAUCGUGCGGUUGUUCCGGCAACUUCUGUUGCGUUGUCUACUGCAAGCCAAUCGGCUACGGGCAGUGGAGGAGGAAGGCGUGGUGGAGGACGUACGAGUAAUUCGAACUUACCACCCGGCGCGGUUAAUUUGGAGCGUAGCUAUCAGAUCUGCCAGGCAGUGAUUCAAAACAGUCCAAAUCGACACCAAUUGAAGGCGCAACUGAAGUCCCCGCAAGCCUUUCUAGCCGCAUCGAACUCCAAUUCGAACAGCAGCAUAAGCAGUAUUGGUAGUACGGGUAGUAAUGGAAGCAGCAGUAGUAGCAGCAGCAGUAGCAGCGGCGUUUCGGCGAGCAGUAUUAUUGGCAAUACCAAAGAGGAACCUACCAACGGUGGGGGUAAUAAUGGUGGCAGUACAUUCGGUGCCGCUUUGGGUAUCGGUGGAAAUAAGUUGGCAGGACCACGGUUGAUGAAUCCGAAGCGCAUUAUAACAACGCUCGGUGGACGCACGCAAUCAUCGAUCGUAGUACGUCAAGUGUACACAGGCGGUUCAUCUGCUACACAAGCCACACCGAUCAGUAUUAUUCCAGCAACAUCUCAACAGCAGCAAAUACAUAACCUCGGUGAACAGUUGCAGCAGCAUGCGCAAAUCAUUAGCGUUACUGCUGCACCAACGAUUGCUCACUCUGCGAAUAAUAACAAUGUCGCAACGAUCGUUUCAAGCGGUGGCUCUGCGGCAGGUGGAAACUUCGGUGGCAAGUACGUACUGCUUCACCGUACUGCGCAUCUCAGCGAGCUAGUAAUGCCUCGGGCGGCCAGUGCACCACCGACACACGAACAAAUGCAGAUUGUAUCAUCGCCAGACUCUCAACAACAUCAACAGCAACAAGUGACUCAGCAACAGGUGGUCCAUCAUCACGUACAACAACAGCAGCAGCAACUGCAUCAUCAACAACAGCAACAGCAGCAGCAACAGCAACAGCAACAGCAACAGCAAGCGCAACAGCUUGUGCCCGGCUUGCAGCCAACUAUCGCCCGCCGAAUACCGUCCACCCACGUGAUCACCUACGGUCAGCAAGAUGUGUCAGCAUCCAACGAAUCGACGGCGAUGGCGACAACCCCAACUAGUUCAGCUAGUGGCAGUAAUGUACUGAUCAUCGGAGGUAAUGGAUCGGCUGCUGCACAACAGCAAUAUAACCAUCCGACGGCCGUUGUAAUCGCAAAUGGUUGUGGUAACUCUGGCGAUAGUGGUGCAUUGGUGAGUGGUUCAUCACCAUCGAAUUCCUCACCAACUACCAUCAGCGCUGCUUCGCAACACCAACAACAAUCUCUAGCAGUAUCGACAGCUGUGCAGCAUUCUCAUCAUUCUAUGAAUCAGCUCGGUAGUGGUCACAAUGGCAAUAUUAAUCUCAGAGGAGUCAACAUCGUAGUCAGUAACGUGAUCAACAGUAAUGACAGCAGCACGAGUGUUAGUCGAGUACAGUAUCAACAGCAACAGGUGCAGGGGUGUAUUGAAGAUGACGUAGGACGAUCGCAGGUAGUAACCAAUGGCAAUGAACAUGAUGGGGAGAUAUACGAUGAGCUAGGCAAUACUAGUGAAGUGGUGCCGUGUACUGGAAGAUGCACCAGCAGCAGCACUGAGGGGGAAACCGGGGGUGAUUGCUCUUGCUCUCAGAACGCGAUGGUUAUCUGUCAGCAGUGUGGUGCCUUCUGCCACGAUGAUUGCGUAAGUGGGACGAAGCUUUGCGUUUCCUGUGCCGUACGCUGAGAGAUGUACGUAAAAGGAAAGUACUUUCGAGCAGCAGGCGUGUGUAUAUAGUAAGGUGUUUGCUAGUAGGUACUAGAGAAUGAAUUCAAAAUCCCUUUCUUCUGUUUUUUUGUGAGCUCAAUUGAAGGGGAUGAAACCCGUUCUCUGUAUUACAUGUUGUUUAUUUAUUAUUCAUUGUAGCUGUCUAUGCACAGGGGAAAAUUAUCUAUUUUAACUACAUAAUAGUUGAAAUUUGAUUCGUUGAGGUCUUUGAACUAUCUCGAAUUUAUACCGGUAUGAUUCGGUAUCUGGUGUAUAAAAUUCUAUCUCAUUUGUGUGGAGAUUGAGUUAUGCAACAUUUCAGGAAAUAUUUUUUUAUAUUUUCGAUGCAUAACACAUAAUGAUGAUUAAACUGUGGAAGCUGAACGCUAUCAGAAAUGGUCUCCUGGCAGAGAUAUCCUAAUCAACAACAUUCCUAGUUAUUCUUCUUUUUGUGUUUUGCUCUUUCCUGAUUCGGUUGUGUCUAACAGCAGUAAACUGUUUCAUGAAUUAUUUAUUACUUCUUGUUAAACCGGAUAGCAGUAAACCAGUUUGGAUUGGGUUUUACUUUUUUUGUGGAAUCAUACGCUGCCAGCGCUCCCACCCAUCCUCUCAGCUGCGUUUUGAAAUGUAUGAUAGUAGGAAAAUUGUGUUUCCAAUUGUAAAUUAUUCAUUAUCAAAUGUAAAUGCUCAUAAGUCACUUUUAUGAAACAAAAUGAAAAAGACACAAAAUGAAGCGAUAAACUCAGAGACAAGAAGAGAAGAAAUAAAGAAUCCAAUCAAAAAGGUGUAUGUAGAGAUUGUAGCAUAGUAGGAACACCAUAAUCAGCACAGCAAGAGAAAUGAACAAACAAAUAGAAAAUGGCAACAGCUAAAAGAAAUAAAAGGAACAUAAACCAACUUUCUUGUUUAUACUGCUGCAGCAAUUUGAAAACGGUGGAAAAGGGAAAUAAAAAAGUAAAUUUUUGGGAAGCUUCAUAGCAUCAAGUAACUUACGCGCAACCGUGCACCAACAACGAUACACAGAGACAAACAUCAACGUAUAGGAAAUGGAACAAGAGAACUGAAAAUGAAAAAGGGAAAAACUGUUGGCUGCAAGCGAAGGUAGCAAGAAAAAAGAAACUUAAAAAACACACACACACACUCACACAUUCAUAAAGGAAAAUAAGUUGUAAAAAAAUUACAGCGUUACGCAUACAUAAUACAUUAGCAUUAACGUGGACGAAGCACAGCAUAGGAAAGCAAAGGGGUGUAAUAACCUUUUUUUUUCUUUUUUAAAGUACGUAUCGUUUGUCAAGUAGCCCUUGGGAAGAGAAGGGAGCGUUAUUCUGUGAUUGGGAAAUGGAUUUCUUGCACUCCCGCUGGAAUAUGAAUGGUUAGCUUGCUGCGAUUGCAUCCGUUUAUUUGGUUUCGUAAUUAGGUUUUGCGUAGUGUGUUUAAUUUUGCGUAAUUUUAUUUCCCAACGCUAGUUGCUACCGUGAGGCGAUGAUUGGUAGUAAUAUAAAAAUUAGUGUUUAAUUUUUUAAGAA